UGGUUGGAAUGAAGUUGGACAUGUGCUAUAAAUGUUUGUUUUUUUCCUUCUCAAAUUAGCCAGGGAGCGUACCAUGUCAUAGCAGAAAGACCAUACUAACUCUAAAAGAAACAUUUUUUUUGUCAUAGAAAACGAGCACACAUAAAGCAAGAAUGGGUGAUGUCAGUGAGGAAUCGUUGCUGGAUUAUUUCUACUCAGCCGGAGGGAAAGUAAAAAAUGCUGAUUUAAUGAAAAUAUACAGGCCUUUCAUUGGUCAUAACGACAUGCAGCUGCGUGACAAAUACAGAGAGGAGUUCAAACGGAUCAUCGACAUGAUUGCUGUUGUGAAAUCAGAGAAUAGUGAGAAGUACCUGAUUCUGAAGAAGAGGUACAGGCAGCAGGAGCAGGGCAGUGAGACAGAGCCUGGGACCGACAGACAGGCCAGUCCUGCGGCCAGCACUGCCAGGCCCUCGGCAUCAGUCCAGCGGGAUGUGUCGGGGGUCUCGUCUCUCCACACCCAGGGGGAACCAGACCUCCAGCCUGACCCGGCCAAGAGGGCAGAGGCGAGGAAGCCUUCACAGGUGAUGUGGUGUGGAGGAAGCCCCAGCAUUACCUUCAAAGAGGCACCCAAGCAGGAGCACACGCAGGAGGACCAGCACACCGAGAGGACCCCCUCACCGUCCAUUUCAGAGAGAACCCUAGCGCACAGUAACGUAGAGGAUGAGCUCGACAGGGACUCCGGGUCAAAGUCUGAGUCGGAAGAGGAGUGUAUGGGCAGAAUGCGCUCCACCCCAGUGGCUCUGGACCCCGUGGAGAAGGAAUGGAUCUACUCUGCUACUUGUGGCCGUCUCUCUGACCUCUCCCAGCUGCUAAAACAGGAGCCCUCCUUGGCCAACAAGAAGGACUUUGUUUCAUUUACAGCUCUUCACUGGGCAGCCAAACACGGCAAGGAGGACAUGGCUACCAUGAUGGUUAACGCAGGAGCUGAUGUGAACUCUAAAUCUGGCUAUACACCCCUGCAUAUUGCAGCAUUGCAUGGCCAUCGACACAUGUUGGAGCUGCUCAUUGGAAAAUAUGGUGCGAAGAAGAAUCUGCGGGACUACAGCGGCCAUCUUGCCUGCCAGUACCUGAACAUCACGGAGCCUACAGAGGACACCCGAGCAGCUCCAGAGGAGACAAAAUUCCCUGAGUUCCAGGCCAGAGACCACAGUAGGAACAGGAAGUUGGUCUCGUUGUUCCAGUCCAAGAAGAAGUGGGGCUCAGCGGAGGAGCUAGCCCCUGUAAAGGAGAGGGUGGCACUAGCACCCCAUCAACUCAUGGUCCCCGCAUUCAGACCCAGGAAAUUCUCACGCUAAAAAAGAAGCUAGCCGAAUGUCCCGCAUUCAAUGGCAUCACAGAAAUGACAUCACAAAAACAUUUUCAGUCACUGUGUGUUUAUUUGAAUUGUAAUGUAUGCUUUUAUAGUAUUUAUUCUGUAUGCUUUUAUGUUGUAGGGAGCUGUAACUAUUGAGUUGUUUAGUUUGUUGUUUACUGCCUUGAUUGUAUUGUAGCAAUCUCCCAAAAUGAUUUGAUUAUCAUUUAAUUCCAUUUUAAAAGUAGAAUUUGAUUCUAGUGAGACAAAAUGUGACAUUACAUAACGGAGCUAUUUUGCAUGCUGCAUUCGUUUUCUUGCUCUUUCAAUUUAGUGUGUAUUUGAAUUUCACUUGCCUUUUUCCUCACAGCGUGUUUAGUGAAGACCGUGCCCAAAUGUGUAGUUUCCAAGACGAUCUGACGUUCCAGAUUUGAAGUGCCACGUUUGCAUGUUGAUGAUCGCACUAUUACAUUGUCGGUUGGUUGAUUUGUCAUAAGGGACACUAUUUUCUAUGGGUUCACCCUCUGUAUUUCUCAUUGUGUUUCUAUUGAAGGAGAAAACGAGGGACAAUAUUUUUUUUGUUUCACCCUCUGUAUUUCACGUUGUAUUCAGUUUGGAUUCCACAUUGUAUUCAGUUUGUAUUCCACGUUGUAUUCAGUUUGUAUUCCACGUUGUAUUCAGUUUGUAUUCCACGUUGUAUUCAGUUUGUAUUUCACGUUGUAUUCUAUUGAAAGACGAAACAAUACCAGAGUACUGGCAUAGAAUAGUCAGUUCAUAAUUAAGUGUCUCAUUCAAUUGGGAAACAAGUUAGUUGAUGUGCCAUGGCUUUGCAUCAUGUUUUUCCUCAAGUUGUUUGUAUUGCCUCAAUUUGAACCUGCCUCUUCAAGCUUGUUUUGUUUUGCACAUUAUUUAUAUUUGAGAUAUUUUGAUAUUAAAGUGCUAUGCUGUGCUACUAA